UUCGUCAAUCGCGGCAAUGAGUGUGCGGAUGUGUGUGCGGCAGCUGCACGCUGCAUUGGCAGUGCGCAAGAUGGCAGGCCUCCAUCCAAGGAAGUACUUUGUUCCACACGUCUUCUCCAACGGUGCCACUACUACCGUCGAGAGCACAAUCAAGCCAACACAACCGUGGAAGAUUGUUCAAGAGGACAUCUUCAACACUGCACCCUGGGACCCCACUGCAGUCGUCGUGAAGGACAAAGGAGGACAGGUCGCCAAGUUCAACCAGCAGCUUGAGGAACACGAGUUUGUGGUGCCGACGUUUGGUGACGAUAGCACCCCGCCAAAGGCAUAGACACCCGCGUCACUCGCUGCGUGUUGUUGGAAUGUGGUUGUUCGUGUUGUUGGUGUGUUGGCUUGCUAGCGCGUGUGUUUGAUUCACUGUCUGCCCGUGUAUUGCUCUCAGUGGGUGCUCGGACGCGCGCAGUGCUUCUGAGUCGUGUGCAAAUGUCGCGUCUAUGGUAAGCUUCGCUUGUUGUUCAUAACCGAAAUGGAUGGCGUGUGCACCCUUUGCACAUGCAGUGACGAUUACACUGUCACAUGGAACCGAG